CACAUCAACAAAACAGAAGCAUAACUUAACUUCACAUAUCAGAAUAUGUCGAUGCAAGUCUGUCGUCGGCGAUGAUAGGAAGGCAUGUGAGCAAGAAUUAUUCAACUGCUUACCGAGACUCCGCGGCAUAAAAACUGUCAUUUCAGCGAUUUAUGGAUUUGCUGGGGCAUGUACUCCCCGUGUAUGCGCAAGUACAGUACAUGUGUCUCAGGGAGACACGCGAUGAUCAACGACGCCCCGCUGUCAAAUGUGCAGUAAUGCCAAAUUCAAACCCCGUUAAAACGUUCACCGGAUAAAGGGCAUAUAAGGUCUUUCUAGGCCAAUAGGGCCAUAGAGAGUAGUAUUGAUCACGUACUAUUCUCGUACUCAUCUCGUACUGACACCGUACCAAUGCUGUUACCGAAGCCGAAGCCAAAUUCGAAAUGAAAUGCUCAACCUCGAACUGCCAAGCUGCCAACAGCUAUAUCUCACGUCAGCACAGCCACAACUCACCCGCCCCAUGCCAGCAAACACCGAUUUCUCAGCCUUGACCGCCUCGGCCUCUGGCGAUUUACGUUUAUCGGCAUAAAACAUCCCGGCCAGAGCCACGCCCACGACAUGUUUCUAAUUUCUCCAACGCUCUGUUUUGCUUUCUCCGGUCAUCCACACGAGAAGAGCCCGCGCCGAGGAAAGCUCUCGGUCUUCCCUCUUACCGUCCUAUUCCGAGUUGGUUGGUUGGGGCUAAUAUGGCCCCCUCCGUGGGCCCCCCAGCCCAGUCAUUGCCAUGGAAUUGGGGGCGCUCUUGGGUGCGCGGGUGCGGCUAUAUUUAACCACGCGCAUCAAUAUACCAGGAUGACAUGUGUAUAGCAUAGCAUACCUAUACAUCAUGGAGCUAUAAGGUAGGCCAUCCCAAACGAAACAUUUUUAUCUUCCUUCCCCCACCCCAGAUAAACCCUCUCAUCCUUUCCUCGUCACUCAUCUCUCAUCUCUCAUCGUCGCAUUUCGUUUCUACUCUUCAACACCACCAAUUCUCAAAAUGCACAUCCAACUUCCCACCCUUCUCCUCGCGGCGCUCGCCUCCACCGCGCUCUCCACUCCCCUCUCCAACAAAAAACGCUUCGAUGCCAACACCGACCCAAGCACCCUAACCCUCCAACAAAAACUCGACCUCGCCCCCACCGAAGUCGACCGCAUCGCCCUCCUCCCCAACCCCGAAGACCACGUCUUCAGCUUCCAGGACGCCACCAUCGGCGUCACCACCGGCCUAGGCGGACACACAGUCAAAGCCGAUCGCUCCACCUUCCCCGCCUUAAUCGGGUCGUCCGGUAGCAUGACGGUCGGAUUUAUCGGCCCCUGCGGCUUCAACACACCACACACGCACCCCCGCUCCGCCGAACUCAACAUCGUCGUCGAAGGCACCCUGAAGGGCUCCGUGACGGCCGAGAACGGCGCGCCCCACAUGCAACAUACGCUCGAGAAGUUCCAGAUGACGGUCUUCCCGCAGGGCGCGAUGCACACGGAGUGGAACCCCGACUGCGUGCCUGCGGUGUUCGUGGCGUCGUUUUCGAACGAGGAUCCGGGAGUGCAGCAGACGCUGCAGACGCUGGUGGGGUUUGAGGAUGAGGUUGUAAGGGCGGCGAUGGGGGGAGAUGGGGUGAUAGAUGGGAAGGAUUUGGAGAGCUUUAGGAAGUAUAUCCCGGCCAAUGUGGCGUUGGGCGUGGAGAGCUGUUUGCAGAAGUGUAAGAUUGGAAUGACUGGCUCGAGAGCAGUGGCAUCGUAUAUUAUGAGGGGGAUGGGCGACGAUGGGGAGAAGCAGGAGUAGGAGAGUGCAUGUGGAGGGUUACAUACUGUACCAUGGAGUUUUUGGGGUGGUGUGUAAAUAUAACGAUGGACGACUAGCAUAUUAUCAUGGGGCAUACGGAGCA